AUGGAAAAACUAGUUUUCAGUGGUCUAAUACUACUUGUGGGGCUAUUCACCACAGAACAUAGAGUAGCAUCCGCAGGUUGGUUGCAAGCUCAUGCAACUUUCUAUGGUGGAAGUGAUGCCUCAGGAACAAUGGGUGGGGCAUGUGGCUAUGGAAAUCUCAACACGGAUGGUUAUGGAGUAAAAACAGCUGCUUUGAGUACUGCUUUGUUUAAUGAUGGCAAGUCAUGUGGUGGUUGCUAUCAGAUAGUUUGUGACGCAGGCCAAGUGCCCCAGUGGUGCCUCAGGGGCACUUCCAUCACAAUCACUGCUACAAAUUUCUGCCCUCCAAACUAUGCACUACCUAGUGACAAUGGGGGUUGGUGUAAUCCUCCUAGACCACACUUUGACUUGUCUCAACCUGCCUUUGAGAUGAUUGCCAAAUACAGAGCUGGAAUUGUCCCAAUAUUUUACAGAAGAGUUGGGUGCAAAAGAAGUGGAGGCAUCAGAUUUACCAUCAAUGGGAAGGACUAUUUCGAACUGGUGCUUAUAAGCAAUGUAGGAGGAGCAGGGGAUAUCUCUCUAGUUUGGAUCAAAGGUUCCAAAAUGAGUAACUGGGAAUCUAUGUCAAGGAAUUGGGGUGCUAACUGGCAAAGCUUAAGCUACCUCAACGGCCAGAGCUUGUCCUUCAGAGUCCAACUCAGCAAUGGAAAGACUCUCACAGCUUAUGAUGUGGCACCGUCCACUUGGAUAUUUGGCCAGUCUUUCAUCAGCAAGGUUCAGUUCUGA